AUGCCCAAGACGUUACCGGAUCAGCCGGGUUGGACCCUGAUUGUCGCCCAGAACGAUCCAGCGAGAGUGAAGCCGUUUUGCUCUGGAAUCCAAGACCAUCCCAAAUACGAGAUCUCCUGGGCCAAGCACAAGGAGCUUUUCGGGCGCCCUCUCCACUCUCGGCUGGGCAUAGUGCAGCAGGAGGCCUCAUUCUGCGGAGCGACCAUCCUCACGUCAGUGCUGCCGGGCGGAGGGAGCGAGGGACGCAAAUCGUCCACUGAGCGGGCGGGUCUGGACGGCAUCGCCAAAGAAUCCUGA